AUGAUGUCGGGCAUGAGGGUUUUGAUCUUACAAGUUGUCGUCUUUCUUCUUUUGGGUGGUCUUUUACCUACCCAAGCUUUGAUCCAUAGAUAUAAGUUCGUGGUAAAAGAAGCUCCAUAUACAAAACUAUGCAGCACCAAGAACAUUUUGACAGUAAAUGGUCAAUUUCCUGGACCAACUCUACGCCUUCGUCAAGGAGAUACAGCCUUUGUUCAUGUACACAACAAGGGAAAAGAAAGCAUCACCAUUCACUGGCAUGGAGUAAAGCAGCCAAGAUUUCCAUGGUCAGAUGGUCCAGAGUAUAUUACGCAGUGCCCUAUGAGGCCAGGAACAAAUUUCACCCAAAAGAUUGUGCUGUCUGAUGAGAUUGGAACGUUGUGGUGGCAUGCUCACAGUGACUGGUCUCGAGCAACAGUUCAUGGUUUACUUGUUGUUUAUCCAAAGAAAGGGACUAGUUACCCAUUGGGGUUUCCAAAGCUUCAAGCAGAAGUGCCCAUGAUUUUAGGAGAAUGGUGGAAAAGUGAUAUACAGGAGGUUCUUAGCGAGUUUUCAAGCAGCGGGGGAGAACCAAAUGUCUCUGAUGCUUUCCUAAUAAACGGUCAACCUGGUCUUCUGUAUCCAUGCUCAAGACAAGACAGUUACAAGUUGACUGUGGAUUAUGGCAAGACUUACUUACUUCGAAUGGUUAAUGCUGCCAUGAACAACAUUCUUUUCUUUUCCGUAGCAAAGCAUCGGAUUACUGUUGUGGGAUCAGACGGAAGCUACACAAAGCCUUUAAAUAGUGGUUACAUUGCAAUAUCCCCCGGCCAAACCAUUGAUUUCCUGCUACAUGCCAAUCAAUCACCUAAUCUCUACUACAUGGCUGCUAAAGCUUAUAAUAGUGCCAGCUCUGUUACAUUCGACAACACAACCACCACAGCCAUUCUCGAAUACCGUGGAAAUUAUACUCCACCUUCAUCUCCAUCUUUCCCAAAUCUUCCGACUUUUAAUGAUACAAUUGCAUCAGCUAAUUUCACAGGGAGCCUUAGAAGCUUAGCGAGUAAAGAAUUCCCUGUUGAUGUCCCAAAAAAUGUUACCACUAAUCUUUUCUUUACACUCUCCAUAAAGUCACUUCCUUGUGAAACAAAUAACACCUGCAAGGGACCUCGAGGCAAUCGAUUCGCGGCAAGUGUAAAUAACAUGAGCUUUGUCAGCCCGAAGAUUGACAUACUUCAGGCUUACUAUAAUCAGAUCAAUGGAGUGUAUAAACCUAAUUUUCCUAGCUUCCCACCUUUGGUAUUCAAUUACACUGCAAGUAACAUUUCGGUUUCCCUACAAACGCCUACUCGAACAACCAAAGUGAAGGUUCUUGAGUAUAACUCGCAUGUGGAGCUUGUUUACCAAGCCACUAAUUUGGUAGCAGGAGUUGAUCAUCCCAUGCAUUUACAUGGACAUAGUUUUUAUGUUGUUGGAUGGGGAUUUGGAACCUUUGACAAGGACAAAGACCCUAAGAACUAUAACCUUGAGGACCCUCCUUUGAUGAAUACAAUUGCAGUUCCGAAGAAUGCCUGGACAGCCAUAAGAUUCAAGGCAAAUAACCCUGGAGUGUGGUUGAUGCAUUGCCAUCUUGAACGUCACAUAAGCUGGGGGAUGGAAAUGACCUUCAUUGUUAAAAAUGGAAAGCGUCCGCAGGAAAAAUUGCUGCCUCCACCUCCCGACAUGCCACUUUGCUAAUGUUGCUUAGACAAAGUAUUACAAGUCUUGGACUACUACGGUUUGCAGCGGCUCUAAAGUCAGCUUGUCAAUGAGGCACAAAAAUAAUGUAAACCUAGUUUCUUUCUUUAGUAUUUGCGAGUAAUCUUAAGUAGAUGGUGUGACUUCAGUCUCGUGAAUAAUAGUUUUUGGCACCUUCAAGAAUGAUACAAAAAAAAAAAGAAGAAAUAAAUCCAUGCAUCAAAUGUAGGAUGUAAUAUGUUACUAAAGAA